GAACUCAGAAAGGUUAAUAUUUAUAUAUUUACAAAUACUACAAAAGUACCUAAUCCAUUUGGUUAUGAUGAUGAUGAUAUUGGACAUGAAAAUGAAGAUCAUGUCCAUUAUCAUGAAAUAAAACAUAUAGGUAGUAGACCAAAAGUUGAAUAUCAUACAAUAACUACAUUUUGAAAUCACAAAAAUUUAUAUACUUAUUUUGAAUGUCAUAAAAAUAAAUGAAUAAAUAGAAGAUCUGGAUAUAUUUAUUACACAGAUGUAGAUUAUAAUGAGUCUCAUGACAUGAACUUUAAAAACUUCAAUAACGUUUGU